AUGAAAAAUUUCUCUGAGGUGACAUCUUUUCAUCUGUCUGCCUACCAUGGAAUGGAUGACAUGAAGCCGUUGUACUUCUGUAUUUUCCUCUUCAUAUAUAUGACUAUCAUUGCUGAAAAUGUGGUUAUAAUCACCGUGAUUUAUCUGGAGAAAAGCUUGCAUGAGCCGAUGUAUUUGUUGCUGUGUAACUUGGCAGCGAACGGUCUGUAUGGAAGCACAGCUUUACUGCCUGCAGUACUGACCAACUUGCUGUCUCACUCUUAUGAGAUUUCUCUGCCGCUGUGUCAGACACAGAUCUUUGCUGUGCACACAUACGCCGUCACUGAAUUCACUAUCCUUGCAGUGAUGAGCUAUGAUAGGUAUAUGGCCAUUUGUUAUCCGCUGCUUUAUCACACUAUAAUGUCACACAGGGUUGUUAAACUCAUUGUUUUCACGUGGCUUUAUCCCUUUCUUGCCUUUCUCGUUGUUUUAAUUUUCACCCUUCGGCUGAGGUUUUGUGAAAGAACUAUUGAAAAAGUUUACUGUAUGAACUAUUUACUAGUUAAACUUUCCUGCGAUGACAUCUCUGUUGUUAACAUAGUCGGCCUGCUCUCUGUUGCUCUCUACACACUUCCACAGAUUUUUAUGAUAUUUUACACAUAUGCACAUAUCCUGAAAAUAUGUAUAACAUCAUUCAGCCAAUCUAAGGUAAAAGCCCUCCGAACCUGCAUCCCCCACCUUCUAGCAUUAGUCAACUACUCAAUUGGAUGCUUUAUUGAAAUAGCACAAAGUCGAUUUAACAUUCGUCACCUGCCUUACCAAACUAAGCUGUUUCUGUCUUUGUAUUUUUUGAUAUUUCCACCCAUUCUUAAUCCAGCCAUCUAUGGGUUAAGUAUUCAGCUCAUAAGAGUGCGACUGUUCAGGCUUUUCAGCAGAAAUAGUAGAGUAGGAACAGAGAAGUAA